AUGGAUGGGAUUUCAUCCGCUGCAAGCGUGAUCGCGGUCAUUCAAGUCACUGGUAGCCUUGUGACGAUUUGUUGUGGCUACCUUCAACGGGUGAAGCAUGCAAGAAACGAGAUUGUCACCUUGCAAAGGACGAUAGAAAGCCUCCAAAUGAUUCUACAGGACCUUCUUAAAACCCUUCGAGACUCUAACAAAGAAAGACUAUCUACCUCAUCGCGGCUAGCCAGUGAAAUCGUCCACUGCCUUUCAGAUCUUCGAGCCUUGAACGAAAAGCUAGAGUCUAAUAAUGGGAAGAAAUCAAUGAGAAAAUUCGGAUUUCGUGCCUGGAGAUGGCCCUUGGAGCGUGCAGAGGUUGACGGAGAAGUUCAAAAGCUUGAGAGAUAUAAAUCCUCGUUUCUUUUAUCCUUGCAGGUGGAUCAAAUUUCUGCCAUGGCCAGCGUAGCCCAGAACACCGACCGGACUUAUCAAAUAAUGGAUCUUGGAAAGUUGGAUAGUGUGUCCGAUGCAAGUUUUGACUCAUUUGCCAAUCGAGAUGAAGUUGAGUGUCUUCAAGGUACUAGGGCUGAGGUCCUACAUUUGAUAAUGUAA